AUGAACCACCAGUGCCAGGCUACACUGCAAGUGCCCAGGCAACAACAAACUAAAUACCAGGCCAUGUGGCCCUCACCACCAGCAGGGCUGGUCACAGGCCAAGUGGCCCUCAGAGAUGGCCCCAUCCCUGAAAGCCCCAUCCCUGCCAGCCCCAUCCCUGAAAGCCCCAUCCCUGCCAGCCCCAUCCCUGAAGGCCCCAUCCCUGAAAGCCCCAUCCCCAUCCCUGAAAGCCCCAUCCCUGCCAGCCCCAUCCCUGCCAGCCCCAUCCCUGAAAGCCCCAUCCCUGAAAGCCCCAUCCCUGCCAGCCCCAUCCCUGAAAGCCCCAUCCCCAUCCCUGAAAGCCCCAUCCCUGACAGCCCCAUCCCUGCCAGCCCCAUCCCUGAAAGCCCCAUCCCUGCCAGCCCCAUCCCUGAAAGCCCCAUCCCUGCCAGCCCCAUCCCUGAAAGCCCCAUCCCCAUCCCUGAAAGCCCCAUCCCUGACAGCCCCAUCCCUGCCAGCCCCAUCCCUGAAGGCCCCAUCCCUGCCAUCCCCAUCCCAGCCAGCCCCAUCCCUGACAGCUCCAUCCCUGCCAACCCUUCCCCAGGCCACACAGCAUUCUCUAGGGGCUGUUUGGACAUGACAGGGACAAGUAACAGCCCCUAUACCCCCACAAGCCUUCCCAAGACCACACAGCUUCCUCUAGACCAGGGCUACUCUACUGGCUGCCUGCGGUCUGAAUACGGGUUUUCUGAGUAUUGUAGUUAG